GUGACAACAUGCACAUCAUCAGCAUGCUCCUCUUAGCGUUGCCGCUCCUCCUCUCCGGUGUCCUCUGCGAUGCUUCUGUGGAGGAAUCCGUUCCCACCUACGAGCGCCAGGACCCGUCCACCGGGGAGACCCUCAUCUGUGCCAAAUGUCCACCCGGCACGCACAUGGCCGCGCACUGCACAGCCACCACGGCCACCAGGUGCGCGCCGUGCAAAGGCGAACUCUACACCGAGCUGUGGAACUACCUGCCCAGGUGUCUGUACUGCAACAACUUCUGCUAUGAGAACCAGGAGGUGGAGAAGGAGUGUACGGCGGUCAGCAACAGGGUCUGCCGCUGCAAAGAGGGCUUCUACUGGGCCGAUAACUUCUGUAUCAGACACACGGAGUGCGGCCCCGGACACGGAGUUCAAACGAAAGGUACAUCACAAAGCAACACUGUUUGUGAAGAAUGUGCCGAGGGCUUCUUCUCCAACUCAUCUUCCGCGCUGGAUUCGUGCGUAAAUCACCAGGAAUGCGCAAGCGGACAGAUAGUGCUCCUGCCCGGCUCCAUCGACCACGACACGAUGUGUGGCACCUGCGAGGAUCUUGCAAAUGGAGCUGAGAUCUCCAGAGCUUUCCUCUCAGGAUUCUUCAGUAUGCACAGGAUGCGCGUGGCAAAAAUGAAGAAAUUUGUCGCCAGGUACAUUCAUAAGUCAGGAGAGGUGAGGCGCGUCAGGGGCGCGGGUAUCCCGAGGCAGAGAGGUCCUCUCCUGGAUCAGAUCAGACGUUGGCUGGCCGAGGCUCCAGAAGAGCAGCUGAAAAAAUUGCCAGAGAUGCUGAGGGCCACGCAGCUCGGCUACAUGGCAGAAAAACUGGAGAGCAGACUUCAUGAGGUUCAGCAGCAGACCCCAAACUGCACUGUAACACUGAUAUAAGACUGACGGAGCGGUACACACAGUAUAGAAUAACACAUACCUCUUUCUCUAAGGUUGAGAACAUUUGAAAACAAGUAUUUAACUUAUUUUCAUUUCUCUGUUAAUUGAGCUUGUAAGGUUGCAGUGAUGUGUCGUGGAAAAAUUGGAAUCAAUCAAUCAAAUCGGAAUCACAUGGGAUCUUUUCCUACUGCAAAAUGUACAGAUGAAUCAGGAUACUGAACAAAGGCUGCACUGAGCAAGAUGUUGUGUUGAUACUGCCUUCAGGGUUGUUUGUGCAUCAAAACUUGGGUCAGAUUACUUCAAAUUUAUCAGGACAAAUAACUAACGGUGCAAAUUUGGGAGAAACCUCACGAGUGAAUGUGAAAUAUGCAAAUAUCGUGAACAUGACUGGAUACUCAAGUGUCACAUAGCACAUUCCAAAUCUGUUUGUUACGAAAGUGAGCUGUAACUAAAUGAAAUGUGAUGAUAGAAAUGUAUGAUGUUCUGUAAAAUGUUGUGAUAUCUAAUUGAAAACUGUUUGUCCCAUGCGGCAGCUGAAUAAAGUACUUGUUGUAAUCUAAACUGCAUGUAACCGCCUCUAUCAAGAACGCUGUGGCUGCCUGCAGGCUGUACUUUAACCAAGUCGCCACAAGGUGUC